CCACCCCACCCACCUCCAGAGCAGUCGGAUUCUCAUGUCCCAGGAUGACGACCUGCAGCAGGAAAUACUGCAAAGGACGCUACAAGAGGUAGCCCGCGAGGAGGAUGGCGAUCCCUGCGUGAUCUGCCUGGAACCCAUCUCCGAGCCCGCCAUCGCGGUGCCCUGCCGCCACGCCAACUUCGACUUCCUGUGUCUGCUGAGCUGGCUGGAACAGCGGCGCAACUGUCCGCUUUGCAAAAGCGACAUCACAUCCGUGAAAUACGAUCUCGCCGGCCCUCAUGCGCCCAAGAUCUAUCAAUUGCCUGCGCUCCCACCUGCAACCACCACCACCACCACCACCACCACCACCAAUCUACACAGAUCCCCAUUCCAGCGUGGCCCUCGUCGUCCCCGCCGACCCCGCAGCCCCGCUCCCCCCCAACGGCAACAACCCUCCGACCCGAUCCGCCGCCGCCAACACAUCUACCGUUACCAACUGUACUCCCUCCGCGUCGGCUCCAACCGUCUCUCGCAAUACCGCGAGCUCACGCCCGAGCGCUUCAACCGCGAAGAAGAUCUCGUGUCACGGGCCCGGAAAUGGAUCCGUCGCGAAUUGCAGGUCUUUGCGUUUCUGAACCCGGAGUCCGAACACAACACUACCAGCACCACUGACGCCACCACCAGUGGGAGCAGAGGAACUGGGCCACGAUCAGGGUCAGGAUCAGGAUCAGGGACUGUGGGGGUCGCCCGCCCCGGACACCAAAGACUAGAGAGCCGUCGGGGCAACAACGCCGAGUUUUUGCUCGAAUAUAUCAUUGCCAUUCUGCGGACGGUGGAUAUCAAGGGCAGUGCGGGGCAGGCGGAGGAGCUGUUGAAGGAUUUCCUGGGGAGGGAGAAUGCGCGGUUGUUUCUGCAUGAGUUGCAGGCGUGGUUGAGGAGUCCGUUUGGGGCGUUGGAGGAUUGGGAUCGCAAUGUUAGGUAUGAUGAGGGCGGAGUACGUGCUGAGGCUGGGGUUGGGGUCGAGGGGGAGAGGACGUCGACGCCUGUUUAUCGGGGUGGGGGGCGCGGCCGAGGGAGGGUCUCGAAGCCGGGGAGACACCGCGAUCGCGAUGCAUUGGCUCAGGCGAGAAGGGUACAGUACGCGCGGGACCGAUAUAUCCCGGAUUGA